AUGACUCUGCCCAAGUCAUCACAGGUCUCGCGAAUAUGGCAAGUCGACGUGCCUAGGCUGGCAUUUAGCAACACGUAUCUCAUGCACCAGCUCCUCGCCCUCUCCGGGUACCAUCUCGCGCAACAGCAUCCCGAAAAGUGCGCGAUGUACUCCCUCCAGGGCUCUCUUCACCAGAACGAAGGCAUCCAGGGUAUGCGGAAAGCACUCGGCGAGAUCACGCCGGAGAGCUGUCACGCGCUGUUUGCCACGUCGUGUCUGCUGUGCUUCGGCGUCUUCGCCAGCCUCUCGUUUCCCGGGGCCGCCGACAACUCACCUACGGUGCAGGGCCUAAUCGACGCGUUUCUCCUCGUCAAAGGCAUGAGCGGAAUCCUCAACACAUACGAAGAGACUCUCCGUAGAGGGCCACUUGGUCUCGUCUUCGGUCCGGGUGCCCCUGUCUCGCCGAGCAACGACAGUCUGAUCGCGAUCGCCGUCCAGAAAGUCAAGGUGUACGCUGAUAGUCUCGAUGACUUCGGCCUCGAUCCUGCAGUCAAAGCCGUUGUAAAUGCGGAAGUUGAUGCCCUAAGUCGCUGGAUCAACCUUGCGGCGAAUAGCACAACAUAUGCAGAGAUCAGGACGGUUAUGACAUGGCCAAUCAGCAUGUCCGAGGAAUACAUAUCACUGAUUCGCCAGCGCCAUCCUGCUGCAUUGGCGCUGAUGACCUAUUAUUGUGUCAUUCUACACGCUACUGGGGGCAACUACUGGUUCGUGAGAGGGUGGGGGUCAAGUGUCGCCAAGGAUAUUGAGUGUGCGCUGCCGUCGCAAUGGCGGGAUGUCGUGAGGUGGCCGAUGGCCUGGAUACGCGACCAUGCUGGAACCAAGGGCUAUCGGACCGUGGUAACAGCGAUGGAUGCUAUGUGA